ACGUCACGUCUGAUGACGUUGCUACCCGGAAUGAGGAAGCGUUCGCAAUAAAACGGAUGUGAAAACGAAUGAUGAUUCCAAGACUCCUAAAUAAACCCGUAAUAUGAGAGUGUGGAAGAAGGAUCUUGACAGGAAGGAAUACGGCAAGGCUGCUGAGCCUCUCCGAAACAUAACGAUGAAGUGAAAUUAUAAAGAAGAAGCACCGCGAAUCUGGACCUGUGCAGACCUAUGUUACCUGGCCACCUGGAAGCUGACCUUGGAGUGCCAUGUUUGUGACGGCAUAUCUUGCGUUUGUGGCCCUGGUGGUCCUGUGUCUAUGUCUGGAACUCGCAGCUCGGCGCAUUGCUUCUCAGCAGUCCACUCAGGCGGCCGUGGCCAACCCAGCUUUCCUCUGCUUCCAAAAGCUCUUCUUAAAAACAUACCUGUUGGCUCUGUGGGCUGACUGGCUGCAGGGGCCAUACCUUUACAAGCUCUACCAGCAUUACAGCUUCCUGGAGUCCCAAAUUGCCAUCUUAUAUGUCUGUGGUCUGGCGUCUUGCGUACUGUUUGCCCCCGUGGCUGGCUGGCUGCCACAGGUUCUAGGACGAAGGCAGACGUGCCUUGUUUUCUGUGUGUCCUACUCUGUGUGCUGCCUCACAAAACUGUCUCAGGACUACUUUGUGCUCAUCCUGGGUCGUGUGCUAGGUGGACUCUCCACUUCCCUGCUCAGUACGGCCUUCGAGUCCUGGUAUGUGCACUGCCAUGUUAAUGUGCAUGAUUUCCCCAAAGAAUGGAUCCCUGUGACGUUCAUCAAAGCUGCGGACUGGAAUCACGGUUUGGCUGUGGCUGCUGGGCUCGUGGCAAACCUGUUUGCAGAAUGGUUGGAGCUAGGACCUGUAGCUCCUUUUCUGCUUGCUAUUCCAAGCCUGGUUGCAUGUGCUUGGAUGGUAUUUUUUAACUGGGGAAAUGAGGAAAAACUAGAGCGCGUAGGCCAAAGAGACACAAAUAGUGCUAAUAUCGGCCUUCAAAGUGCCCCUCAGACUCGAUUCCGACGAGCCUGUCUGGAAGGCGUGCGCUUUUUGUUCGCAGAGCGUCGUGUAGUGCUCCUGGGUGGUGUGCAGGCCAUUUUUGAGAGCGUGCUUUAUGUUUUCAUAUUUCUGUGGACACCUGUGCUGGAGCCACAGGGCCCACCACUCGGCAUUGUCUUCUCCUGCCUAAUGGCAGCCAGCAUGGCAGGAUCAUCACUCUUCCGUUUGGCCACAUCAGCCCGUUACCGGCUCCAGCCGGCCCACCUACUGGGCUUGGCCACACUGCUCGCCUUCUUCUCUUUCUUUAUGCUGACGUUUUCGACUGCACCAGGCCAACCAAAACCCAGGGAAUCAUUUCUGGCUUUCCUGCUGCUGGAGUUGGCAUGUGGCUUUUACUUCCCUGCUGUGAGCUUCCUUCAGGGCCGUGUGAUCCCCGUGGAGCGCAGGGCUGCGGUUUUGUCCUGCUUUCGUCUGCCGCUCCACUUGCUGGCAUGCUUGGCCUUGCUGGCACUACAUGGUGAGGUGUCAGGUGCCGGUGCAGGCGAGGCAGGUAGUGGCACCAGGCACAUGUUCGCUGGCUGUGCUGGAAUGAUGCUAGCCGCCUUGCUGGCUGCUGUGAGCCUCUUCACUCUGGGGAGGAAUGAUGCAGACCUGAGACUUGACGGGACCAAGGGAGAGGGUGAGAUUUAAUCAGGAGGAUGAAAGGCUUUGCAGAAAGAUCAUAAAGUGAACUUCUUUGCCAAGACUAGCUGUUUAGCUGUCCGAACAAUAUUUGCAGCAAAAUGUUUUCAAUGAAAUAUUUUGUGAAAUGACUACUACAACAUGUUCAGUGGUAAAGCAGAUCAAAGGUGAUAAAAUGGUUGCUCACUUCAGUGUGUGUGUGUGUGUGUGUGUGUGUGUGUGUGUGUGUGUGUGUGUGUGUGUGUGUGUGUAUGUAUGUAUGUAUGUAUGUAAGUAUAUAUAAACCCAGUUACAGUUUUCUAAGUGAAUAAAUAAUGACAGUAAGUUGAGUAUUUGUUUCAUAAAUAAAGUUAUCAACUCCCUUGGUGAAGAUGGGUAUAAGUUAUAUGGUAUAUGAGUAAGAAAUUAUUUUAGAUUUUAAUGAAUUGGUUAAAACAUUGUUGUCUUAAAAGAUGAUGUUGAACACAGGUACUGAAAGGUCUAGCCACAAUUUUUUUUCAGUUUUUGUUCAAGCCAUGCAUGCUUUGAACCAAACAUAAGCAUUGUUUUAAACAUUCACAUGCAUGGUUAAGCCAAUCCUGACUCCAAAACCAUGCUUUAUUUUAUUUUAUUUUAUUUAUUUUUAAUGUAUUUUUUGGCUGGUUUCGCUAUUUUCGCAUUCAAUUAUCACACUGCUAUCCCGUUUGCUAAGCUUUUCAUAAGUAAGAAAAGAUUAAUAAAGCUUUCUGUUAAGCAUUUUCA